AUGGGGGAGUACAUUCUCCUCCACAUGAAACCAUCAACUGGUUCCAUUUGCGAGCUACAAAAAGAUUUGGUAACUUAAGAAAAUUUUUCGAGCGAAUUAAUGCGUUUUUUCUUCAGGAAAACAACGGUUUUGCGUUUGUCGAAGAGAAUUUUUGUUUGGAAUGCCCACCGGCUGAGUUUGUGAGUUACAUAAAAUUAUUCUAGAAAAGAAAAUCUUUGUAGGAAUUAAAAGAGCAUGAGAAAGUUUUAUGAAUCUUGGGGCGAAGAGCCGUUUUGCGUCUUUAAAAUUCUCAGAAAAAACCGUUGAAUACACUGAAUUGUUGAAAAACAUCCCGCUUGUCGAGAACUCCAAAAGAGCUUGGACCUUUUCAAGAAAAAGAUGUUUGAAGGAACCAGUUCUUCUAUAAAAACCUCAACGACGAACUUGCGGUAAAUGGACUAAAUUCAGAAAAUUCCAGACCCGUUCUUUUGUCCUGAUUCUGAAGGAAACCGAUUUCAAACAUUUCAACGAUUCUAUUUUGGUUAGCAACAAAUAGUGUUUAAAAACAGAAUAUUUUAGCGUCGGUAUCCAACAAUUUGUUAUAAGAAUGUUAAAAGGAUUGCUGAACUGUUGCCGCCGAAAAAAGAUGUGGGAAUUCAGGUAAAUUCUGAAUAGUCGAUUCAUCUCGAUAUGAAACAACGACUUUUGAUAUCUUAUUGAAUCUUCUAUGAUGGAAAUUUUGAAAAAUUUUGAAUGAAUUUUUUUUGAAAGCUACUCCAAAUGGACCCGAAAAUAUCUGCGCAGAAGUUGAUGAUAAUGAAAACGAAAAGGUAUGCUUGAGGUAAUAAAAAGUCGUUUCAAAAAUAUACCUUGGAUACUUGAAUUAUUCUCAGGAAAAUCGUGACUAUAUUAAUCACAUUAAGAUUAAUUGAAAAGCAUCCGAGCUUUUGAACAAAAAAGAGGAAAGUUUGAUGAAUCACAAUCUUCUUUGAAUUAGGUUGUAAGGUGGAAGUUUAGCAGGGAAAAGAAACCAAAUUUCAAAAAAAUUAAUUUUUCAAAGUUUUUGCAGUACAAGGAACAAUGAGAAAGAUGUUCAUUUACAUAGGGAAAGUUGUAAGAGUCGGGAAAGGCUUCAUAGAAAUGUUGCUUUUAGGCUUCUUUUUCUUUUUCUUUCUUUCUUUGACUUCUUUUACAAAGGCUUCUUUUUUUUUGCCUUUUUGCGCCAUUUUAUCAGCUUUUGUGCACCAUUUUGAGCCUUUUUAAUGAAAAAAAUUCAUUUCAAAAAUGCGAAAAAAAUGGAAGGCUUGAAAAAGGUAGUCUUUUUACUGUCUUUAUGCGGUCUUUUUUGAGCCUAUUUCUUCCAGCGGCCAAUAUCCACCAUUCUGACUUUGCCUGGGAAUUCAGUCUUUGAUCUCUCUUUGGAGGAAUCUACUGAAAAAUCGCGAGAAGAUAAUAGCGUAGACACUUCGAGUUCAUCCCCGGCUGUAAGUUGUGAAAAGCUCGCUUUUUUCAGUAUUGACUUCAGAUAGAAGUCAUUUGUGACAUCCUCGAUUUGAAUACAUCUUUGAAACUACCUUACAUCGAUGAAAAACGCAAACACAUGCGAUUUUGCCUUCUUUGCGAUAAGUAUGUCAACCGGAGGCUGCUCUGCUGCUUCACAAAGCACAAUUCUUUUCUUCGAAACUCGCAGAACUGGAAAGAGUUCAACGCGUUGUUCAAAAGGAUUCAUGCGUGGGUUUUCUUGAGAAAACUGCUAGGCAACAGUUAAAAUCAUUAUCAAAUUCGGAUCCGGUGGAUUUACAAGCUAAACCUUGAAAAAGGCGCAUUAAGACCUUCAUUUCGCGAUUGGAAUGGCUCGGCUGCGUAGCGGGUUUACAAAAUGAACCUUAUUGUCAGAACAAGGCGAAUAAUUAGGGCAAGUUAGAAAAAAAAAUUAUUUGAGACUAGACAAAACAGCUUGAAAAAGGUCAUAUGGUGCCCUAACGAGCAAAGCAACAUGGUGACCAAUCUCGAUUGCUGCCAACUUUGAAUCGACCUGCGAAAAAAGUAGCAGAGCAAGGUGCGACGCUUCGAGCCAUUCCAAUAGAGUGUCAAGAGAGCUCAGAGAAUUCAGACUUUUUCAAGUUUUGCCCGACGAACUAGAGAGUGAAAUUCUCUCUUUUUUGUAGACUAUCAGCCUGCUCGUGCCAAAGUUUUGCUUAUAAAGUUUAUUCGAUCCUUUUUAAAUGGAAAAAAAAACGCAAAAACACUAAAAACUUCAUUUCAGAGCGUUCAGAAUCAGAAGAGACAACCUGCCAGUCACUGUUCAAGAGUUGUUGGGCAACAUUAUCCCUCAAAAAAGAGCAAAAAUUAUUUUCCCCCUGUUAGAGGAACGCCACGGAAAGAUGCUUUUUUGUAGAGAAGCGACGCUGGAAACUUAUAAGGAGAAGCUUGUCAUCCUCAAUGGGGAAGGUAUAACAAAAAUUAUGUUUUAAACUCCUUUUUGGGUAGUUUGAGGGAGCAUAGAAAAAAUUAAUAGUGGUGCGAAGAGCCGAUAACAGUUUCUUUUUAAAUCUUCAAGCACUUCUGCGUUUUCAAAGUUGUAAGAAUUCGCAAGACAAUUGCGCCUUUAAACAGCCUAACAAAAGGUUUGAAAAAAUUUCAACCGAAGAAUCAGCUCAAAUCAUAUUUUGACGCAGAUUUCUGGAGAGCCGGCCGUCGAUCGAGUGAGAAUAUCCCACAGCCACUCCAGUUCAUAGCCACCUACGACGCGGUUUGCCUAGCCUUGAGAAAGAUCCCCUGGAAGGGCGGCUUCGACUACGAAGAGUUCUGUGAUGCGAUCAUCGACGCCAGAAAUGAUAUGGACGAAAACAAAGCGCGUGACAAUUUGCUCGAAGAGGUGGUCAUUCGCGACGACUUGAAAUUUUCUGAUUUUUCUGCUCUCUCGUAUUUGAGUGCUUUUUUCAUACUUCUAUGACCUCGUCGGGAGAGAAAAUAUACGCAGGAAGGUCAUACUUAUAAAAUUAACCGAAAAAAGUUAUUUAGAAAUUUAGAUUAAAGUUGAAAGCUUAAUGAAAAGUUUUGGAAAGCUUAAUGAAACUUUUUUAUACUUCAGGAUCCCCAAAUUUCAGAACUAGGAAACUAUUUUUCGCGAUACAUCUGAUUUUCGAGUUGGACCUUCAAAACUUGCUCAAAUCACGACAGAAAAGCGCUAUUUCAAGCUUUUGAAGCGUUAUAACUUGGAAAAAAGAUCAACUUUGAGAUAUGUUUUCUCUCCUUUUAACUAGGGAACGUUUUUUACCCACCGGUUGAACUUUUGCUUGAACUUUGCUGAAGUGUACUUUAGGACCCCCUGAUUCCAGAACAAAAAGAAAAUUUCUAAAAAAACGUUUCCUGGUAAGAAUCAGGAGGCGCAAAAUCACUAUUCGCAAAAGUUUCAUCAAAAGUUCAGCUAAAAAAGGACUGAAAAACGGUCUUCGCAAAUAUAAAUAACUUCAACCUCUAUUUUGUUCAGAUGACCAAAUUUUCUCGUGGCGUCUGGCGAACACUGUCGUCUCUUCUCUUGGUUGCUUCAGUUGACGGUGGCCAACCAGCUCGAACCUUCGCUCUCGACCCCAAUUUCACGACAAUAUUCCUGGACGCCACCAAGCGUUUCAUUUUGUCCCUCCGUUUCGUCUACUGGAGCAAUCGUAUCGAAAAACACACCGCAAUCGGCUACCUCAAACAAGUCAGCGCACUGCUCAAUGGCCUCAGAGAAGCCGAGGAAACCCUCAAAUCGUGCCGUUUAUUGUCCUCAUUGAUCCGUCGGGUAGCUAUCGAUGUUCGAAAAAUGAUCUUUUUGACUUUUCUCCAGGAAAAAAUACAGCGGGACAAGGAGUCCAUCAAUUUGAACAAGCGAAGUUGGCAGAACGAAGGCGAUUCUGAAUCUGAAUCCGAGUUUGAAGUCGAAGACGAGGAGGAGGAAGUGCAUUCGGAAACGUUCACGGUACAUUUUCCAUUAAAAUUCUGCUGCUCUGACGUUUAUUCUCUUCAAAUAAGACUAUCGAUCCGUUCAAUAAAGGUCGCGAAGCGAGAUGCCGUUUUUUUGUAUAAUUUUAAAAACACCAAGAAAUCUUCUAAUAAAAAAAAAUUGCAUACUUUCAUUCUCAAAGGUCCAGAGAAUUUCCAAGACAAUUUUUCUCGAACCUUUCUAAAAGCUUCGAAUAAGCAAAAACUACGAAGUUUUCAACCCAAUUCAUUAUAAGUUUCAAAAAAGAAAAAGUUUUCGGUUUUUUGAUGGCGGUAAAACUUUUUGGAAUGGAUAGAAGCUUGUAAAAGACUUCAACUUUUUCAGAGCCUUCCUAGUGAAAGUGGUUUCUAAAUAUCGUCAAAUUCAUGAUUUCACUCAGUAAUCCUUUUGAAAACGAUGAUUUAUUGCAUUCACAAAACAUAGUACUCGACUUUUAGAGGCGACAAAAUUAAUAAUAAAUUAAGUUUUAAUUGUGUCUUUUCAGGUCGCCUCUGAUUCAAGAAGCUCCUGUGAAUCGAACUUUGAAAUAGAAAAAAUCCCGUCUAAAAAAUUAAAAGUUGAGCCGGAAGACGAAGGAGAUGAGAAGAAUUUGGUAGGUGUCGCUAUAAAUUCCUCUGAGUUUCGCUAUGCAGUUCAGAAAUGAGUUUUCGAAUGAAGCAGAAAGGAAAAAAAGUUGAUUCAGUUUUCGAAUUCACUAAUUUUUCACUAAAUCUUGAAAUUAAAACAGUACAACGAGAGGUUUAUCUCAAACUUGGGCAAUUAAAUCAUAUAAUAAAAAAAAGGUAGAAAACAAAAUAUGAAAUACGACAAGCCAUAGAAAAACUUUAAAGAAAAAGAAAUGGAAGAUAGGGGUAGGGGACCGAAAAAGAUGAAAACCCGCGGCUGAGUACGGCGUUGCUCAAAUUCAUGGCUUUCCGAGUGGUGAGAGUUUCGGGUAUAUGUCAAAAGAGCUGCGAAAAUCGAGCCUCCUCACUGUUUGAGAUAAAACUGCCAGCGAAAAAUGGGCUGCCCAAGAAAUUGCCAGAGAAAAAUCAGCUGAGAGAAACGAGCUGCGAAAAUUCCGCCCGCCGUUGGCAGGUUAAUCGCGCGACUCUGCGCUCCAUCGAGAACAGUAACUCGGACAUUGGUAACGCGAAACGGACGUGCUCCGGACGUUUCUGGGCGAUUCUAGGGAUCCCUUAAGAGUUCUGAGGCUACUAAAGUGGUCACUAGAAAUGCCCCGACACGUCCGAUUCGCGUCCCGUUCGCGUUACAAAGGUCUGAGAACCGAAUUUCGUCCAUUUCCGCUCAUUAGUAUCUUAAAAUAUAGUUUUUUUCUUGUUUUUAUGUUGAAUGAUUUCAAACUACAUCGUUGAAUUUUUGAAAGCAAUUACUGAAAUGUCAGAAAAAACAGGACAAACAUGCAGAAGUGAUUAAAAGUGAUAGUAAAAAAAUUAUCUACAUAAUUUUUCCCGGAUUUUGCGUUAAAGGAACUAUUUAAAAUUUUAUUUGCCCGUUGCGUAUUGAAAAUAAUGAACAUAACAAAAUAUCAGUUCAUUAAAAAAAACCUAAAAAAAGAACAAAAUGUGAGCAUGACAGGGUUUUCCGAUGAAAAUUGUCUUUAUCUUUCGUGAAGUUGCGGAACCAAUACUCGAACUUCUCAUCAUCGCAAGAAAUCAAUCAACCCUGAUUGCUUUUAAGCGUCCUGAAACCUUUUUUUUCAUUAUUGAAAACGUUUUUCAGACUCUUAUAGACUGACUUCGCCCGAUUUCAUUCAUGCUGGCCUGAGGAGCGAGCCCAAAAGAUUAAGAACAGGCGAGAGAAGUCGGGGAAGGUCUACUUCCUUUUCUUGAAGGGAACCAGCGUCGUUAAAAACGGACGGUCUCUUUUUUACUCCUUGGGGCGAACCAGUAUCAUCUCAGUUUGUCACUAGCCUAUUAUUGAAUUUGGUUGCCGACGGAUGGGCAGCUUUGAGGAUGAAGGGUUAACGAGAAAAUGGUCUACAGAGCUGAUUUUGAAAGAAUUGAGAUUGGGUUCUCUCAAUGAUUUGUUGGGGUAGGAAUUCGGGAAGAUGGUGAUAACAGCUUUGGAGAUCUGUUACGAGUUGUUACGAGAGAUUUACGACUUAGAGCGCGCCAUUUCACGUUACAUGAUAUAAUUGAAUCUCUGUUGGAGAUCGUUCUAAUCCCCGCCGUCAUUCUGGUCCCAGAGUUUUCCUUCGACGGGUAACGAUAUUCCGUUUAACUUUGAGCCACGAGUAGUCAGAGCACUCAGACUCGCCAAGAGAGUUGCGUAAUGGCCGCGGCACUCUUUCGUAAAGACGAACAAAAAAAAAAUUAAAAAAGAGAGGGCCGCGAGGUCUUUCACUCAAUUACCUCAAACUCAAGUAAUUGAACCAUAUAAUUGAAUUAGAAAGAAAAAAGAGAUUGUCUUAAACUUGACCAGAACCCGUGCUGGCCAGAGAAAUGAGCAGAAAAGAUUAGAAACAGACAGAAGAAGUCGAGGAACGGACCGUCUCCUCUCCUCGAGGCUAAUCAGAAUACUCUUAGUUAACUUCCUUAGCCUGUCCAUGUAUUUGGUUGUGUUUGAAUCGAAAACACUGACGUCUGAUUCAAUAUGCUAUACCGAAACGAAUUCUGAAGAGUCACCAGACAUCCCGCCCCCAAAAAAACAAACUUGGAGAAAAACAAACCGCCUAGGCGGAACAGACGUUAAAAAUCAACUUUUCAUCACUUUUAAACUAAAAUUCAAAAAGGAAAAUGCGCUCUAAGUAAUCAUUAUCCAACAAUUUUUUUUUCUCUAAAGGUCAACUUUUGAAAAAAAAAAUUAAUAAUUUUAUUGAUCGUCAUAAAUCUCCAAAAUACCCUUAUUUAUUCCACCUCCACAAAAAAAAGUUUUCUGCUUCGUGGGAUCCGUAGAAGUUCCAUAAAAAGGUAUAUUUGAAUCUUUUCAGCCGUCCUUUGAUACAAGAAGCUCCUGUAAAACAAAUCCUAAAGAGAGGAACUUUUUUUAUUCGGGUAUUUUUUUUUUUUUGAAAUCUUGAAAGUUCAUUAUCCAUUUCCAACAGAUGGUGAUACUCCGCAGCGGCCACCGAAAAAGCCCAAAUUAGAGCCUGAAGAAGAAGAAGAAGAAUCUCAAGAUAAUUUGGUAAGUUAUAGAUAGAAAAGUUCCUCGAUAAUAUCCAUUAUCAAGUGAUAAACGAACUUUAAAAAAUGAACUGAUGCGGUUUUUUUUAAAUCACUAACCUUUUAUGAGAUGAAGGGAAGAUUUAAAUUUCCGGAGGACUAAUUUCUUGAUUCUUAAUUUUUAAAAAAACAAUUUUUUUGCUUUUUUUGAGUCGUUUAAAAAAAUUCAUUAAUUCUCUUUUUCCAGUCAGUCGUUGAUUGGAGUCGGAGAAGCUCCGCCCUGAAUUUGAAGAAAAAAAGGAAAGAAAUUUUGAAGAAAUGA